CUCAUCAGCCUGAAGGUCUUGGCCUGUGGGACCCUGGGCCCUGGCCACACCCACGCCACCUGCCCUGCCAUGUGUACCAUGCCAGGUUGCGGCUCCUCAAUGUGGGCAGUCGUGACUAUCAGCUCGGCGUCCUUCUCCCCACCUUCCCUAUGCCACACAGAGGUCACCAGGCCAGAUCCGCUCACCCAGCAGCAGGGCCUAUUUAUAGCCUCAGCUGCCCCCUUCUUCCAGGCGGGCACAGUGGCUUGGAGGGUGGUGGGCGGCGGGUGGUGCCGUGCCAUGGCCAGGCACAAUUUCCUCUUUACUGCCUCGGCCCUGCGCGGCAUCCGUCUGCAGCGUGAGUGGCUGGAGUGGGAGGACUGGCGGCAGGCAGUGGCCCGGCGGCGCUGCCGCAGCCACAAGAACCCUGCCAAGGCCUGUGCCCGGCUCCUGGGGCCCCGCCACCGCUGCCGUGACCCCACAGUGCACAGUGCCCUGUUCGAUGGAGACCUGCAGCGCGUGCAGGCACUGUUCCAGGACGAGGAGGCCGCCAAUGGGAUCAUGGCGACCGUGAGCAACCAGCUGGCCUGGUCGGCGGAGCAGGGUAGGGGUGGACCCUCCCUGCAGCGCUGGGGCGACCUGGGGCCGCGCCCACACAGCUGCAUAUGCUGCCCCCAGCCACCUAGCCCACCGAGGUGUGCCAAGCUGCUGCUGGAUGCGGGCGCCACCGUGAACCUGGCGGCAGGAGAUGAGGCGACGCCGCUGCACGUGGCAGCGGCAUGCGGUUUGGAGGCACAUGUGGCGCUAUACUUGGCACGGGGCGUGUCCGUGGAGCUGCGCACCGGCUGCGGGGAGACGGCGCUGAAUGUAGCAUGCGUGGGUGCUGAGCCUGGGGCGGCGGGGCUGCACGAGGCCGCCGCCCGCCGGCUGCUGAUGGCUGGGCCAGACCCACGCGUGGCAGGGCGCAAGCGCCACUUGCCUCUGCACCACGCAUGCGCACACGGCCACAGCCGCCUGACAGAGCUCCUGCUGCGCCACGGGGCACGCACCUGGGAUCCCAAUGCUGCGGGUCUCACACCCCUGGAUUAGCUGCAGGCCGCCAGUGAUGCCGCGGAGCCCAAGGAGCUGCUGGCUGCGCUGCUGGACUACGGGGCAGAGCCUGUGCACCCUGAGAUGUGGAUGAUGCUGAAACACUGUGCCAACCUCCCCCGGGCCCUGGAAGUCCUUCUGAACGCCUACCCCUGUGUACCGAGCUGUGACGCCUGGGUUCAGGCUCCCGGAGGUCCUGACCUCGCCUCCCUCCUUCCUGCUCAGGAGCACCAAGCCUUCUACAGCUCAGCCCUGCACAUGGUGAACCAGCCAUGUAGGCUGCAGCACCUGGCCAGCCUGGCCGUCUGCACACGGCUUGGAGACCAUUGCCAUGAGGCCACCGCCCUGCUCCCACUACCCCCGGUGCUCUGGGACUACCUGCUGCUGAGCGUGGAGGGCCACAUUGAGUGACCCUGCGACUCUGACCGCUCUCCACCCCAUCCUGGCCGCCUGAGAUGGUGCCCUGCAUCAACCAUCUCCCCUCCACCCACACACUUGCCCCACCUCUGAAACCCUGUCCAUCAGACUGCUCCACCAACAGCCACUUCCAUCUGUACCAAAAUCUAAUCUGACCCCAAGGGCUUGGGAUGCAGCUUGGAGCCUGAGUCCUUGCCUGGCUGCACAUGGCCUUGGGUUCCAUCCUCAGUGCCACAGAAACAAAGCAAAUAGAAAGCUUAAGACAUCAGAACCUGUGGUUGCUGCUCGGCCGCUGUCCCUGCCUCCUGGCCCCUGUCCUCUCUUCCCUCGCUUGGUGCUGACCUGCGCACUCUGUGUUGUGUGUUUGCUCUCCACUCCCUGCUUGGUUCCCAGAGUGCCAUCUGCAUCUGCAUCUGUACAGAGCCUUCACUGUGACUGCAGUUACCUCACAGCCACCUCGACCUCCAUGGAGGACUGAUUUCCACGCCGGCAGUGCAGCCGCCAUACCAGGCCCGGGACACAUGUGCUGAGUGGAGUCCUCAAGUGGCCUCUGAGGCCAUUCAGGUGUACCAGGAGCCAGCUCUCAUCUCUCACUUCUUCUGGUUCCAGAGUCAGAAACGCCCUGAGGGCUGGGGAUAAGCGCCUGCCUGGUGAGCCCAAGGUCCUGAGUCUAAUGCCCAGGAUCAAAACAAAACAAAAAAUACCUUGCGUGUUGGUGUGGUGGUGCACACCUGCGAUCUCAGCUCUGGAGAAGGGAAAGUGGGGAGAUUUCUGCAAGUCUGAAGCCAAUUUGGCUGUGUAGCAACACUCUGUCUUAAAAAAAUAAAAAUGUAUAAAAGGGUGCCUUGAUUUACACUUAGGAGGAAAUUUUGCAGGCAAGCUGGUUUUUUAUGAACUGUUAUGGCUAGAUAUAGGUGUCCUCCCAAAAACUUCAAGGAGUCACAUGUGGGACUUUUCAAGGUGGCUGGAUCUAGGACAUGUGAUACUUGGAUUUAUUCCUGGUUUCCCUACCCUGGGUGUGAAUGCUGCCCAAUAGGAUAUAAGGGACAGAAGUGGUCACUGCUUAUAGCUUGUCACUUGCUGCUUAUCACCUUCUGCCUGCCUGCCAUGAUGCCCUGCCUUGGAGCCAGCCGAUUAUGGACUGGAGCCUUUACAAAAUGUGAGCCAAAUAAACCUUUUAAUGUUGGGUGUCA